AUGAAGACAUUGUCAUUUAGAAAAUCCUCCAAAAUUCUGGAGACAAACGAGCAAGACUCAUCUAUAGCUAUUUCAAGCCAACAGAUUGAUGAAGUGAUAGUAGAAGAAGAGAGUCAAUAUGAGGAACCCUAUGAUUUGGAAGAGUCUUCUAGGACACUCCUUGAAGAGAAGGUCCAAGAAAGUGAGGCAGAUAGGGAAGAAAGGAAGAGGCAGUUAGAGCUUGUGUUUCAGGACAUGGAAUCAGAGAAUGAGGAGGAAGACAAACCAAAGACAAAAAUGCCACAGAAGAUAAUAAAAGCAAUAAAAAGGAAGGGCAAGAAAAAGAAGUCGGACUCAGAUGAACCCGAGAUGUUCCCUUUGAUGGAACAAGGUCAGCCAGGUGACAAUAAAGAAGUCAAGAAAAAGAACACAUCUGACAAAAUAUUGGAAGUGAAAGGCCAAUUAGGAGAGUUAAAAGAAAUUGCUCAGAAUAAUGUCGACAAGUUGUAUGAAAGAGAAGAAAAUCUUGAUGAUCUGGAGGAUCGAGCUGAUGAACUAUCUAAAAAGGCUUCACUGUUUAACGAGAUAUCCGUUGAAGUUAAAACCAAAAUGGAGACAUGUAACAAGAGGACCAAAGCAAUCAUCAUUGGUGUCGUCAUCGCUAUCCUUGUCCUCGUUGUCAUCAUUCUCAUCGCUGUUGUGGCUAACAAGUCUGGCAAUACAGAGCCAGAGUAUCGCACUGUUCACAUUAUCCAUGUUGUUAAUGGCACAGCUCCUUAUACGCCUUCACCCGGUUAAAAAAAGAAUACAGUGUGUUUUGAUUUUGCUUCGGAAAUGAUUUAAGCUCACAUGUAAAAAUAAAAGCAAACAUGUAUAUUCAGAAUUCGGGAUAGAAAACGAUAGAGGUUACAAAUGUCGUAGACGUUACUUGCACUAGCAAAUAAUUAUUAAGUUCAUUAAUUAUUUAAUUAUUAACGUAAUUAGGCUUCUUUUUAACCAUAUUAUUUGUAAGAUGUAAACAUACAUUAGUAGAGGAUAUAAAAAAUCCCGCAUAAUAUUUUCAUUAUUUUGGUUGUAAUCCAUUCAAAGAUCAUAUGCCUUAGAUAAAGUAACAGCAAAGCUGCAUUCUUAAUCCAGACUGCAUUUGGACAGUAUUAAGAAAGGCGAAUGUGCAAUUUUAUAUUUUCUCAAAAUUUUGCUCUUAUGUCUCUAUGUGUAUCUCUUUACUUCAUCAAACAAUAAAUCUUUAACAAUCAUUUAAUUGUACAAUAUUUCAUGUAGAUAUAAUGCAAAUUGUACUAUAUUUCAUGUAGAUAUUAAUGUACAUCUCUACUUGUGUUUGUGUAUGUGAAUUGCCAUAAUUUGCCUCUAAUAUAUUGUACAGCAUUUGUAAUAAAGCCUGUGAUAUCUCGAAAGGGUUGGAAAAAUUGUCAUUUGUUGUUUGAGGUUGUUGUUGUCCAAAUAUUUUUAUUCUGUAGCAUCUGUAUUUUAGUAAUCUAUAAGCAGGCAGUGUAAGUAUUUGUUAAUAUCUUUAAGCAAUUUUUGCAUAAACAUAUUUUUCGCUUUGUAAAAAACCUACUACGAUAUACAAAUUACAUGUUAUUUAAAAGGGCCCAAUCGAAUUUGGAUUCAGUGGUUUAUAUACAAUUUAUACUGUAAUACUAGUCAUGCAUAUACUUAUGAAUGAAUUAACAUAACAUAUAAUCUGUUUUAAAAUAUAGGCAUUUUAGUAACAUUGUCUAUAUUGUGUCUGCUAUUAUCCUACAUAGGUAUCUGUUAUCCCUUUUUAUAUCCCUUUUCUUUAGUUUUACCAACAUGCAAAAGCAUACUGUAGAAUGGUUGUUUGUUUUUUUUUUUCUAUUUAGACAUUAUAAGGCUGAGAUUAAAUCGUUUGAGUUGUUCUCUCGUGAUGUAAGGGAACAGAUUGCCCAAGUUUGUAUUAUUUAUUUUUUUUCUUGAAUGUGUAUUGUACGACAAUUUACAUUGUGUAUAUGUAUAUUUGCAAAUUGACUUAGAAAUGCUAGUUAAAAUAAAACGUAUAUUAUGCUUA